AUGGCGGUCAACGGCAUGGACAUCACAGGCCACCUCAAAAAGGGCGAGGUGGACCUCGGCACAUCCAUUAUGGCAGUCGCCUACGACAAGGGCGUCAUCCUCGGCGCCGACUCGCGCACCACCAUGGGCUCGUACAUCGCCAACCGCGUCACGGACAAGCUCACCCAUCUGUCCGACCGCAUCUACUGCUGUCGCUCCGGCUCGGCCGCCGACACACAGGCGAUCGCCGACAUUGUCACCUACUACCUCGACAUGUACGCCGUCCAGUCGGGCAACCCCGUCGAAACCAAGGUCGCCGCCAACCUCUUCCAGGAGAUCGUCUACCAGAACAAGGACCGUCUCUCAGCAGGCAUCAUCGUCGCAGGUUGGGACAAGCAGAAUGGCGGCAGCGUCUUCAACAUCCCGCUUGGAGGAGGCGUCUUCCAACAGCCCUGGGCCAUCGGCGGUUCCGGAAGCACCUACAUCUACGGCUACUGCGAUGCAACCUGGAAGGCUGGCUGGGGAAAGGAAAAGACUCUCGAAUUCGUAAAGAACGCGCUCGCACUCGCAAUGAGGAGAGACGGCUCGUCCGGAGGAACGAUUCGCCUCGUAGACAUCACAGAGGACGGAGUGGAGCGACACUUUGUCCCCGGCGACCAGCUGCCAGAACUCGCAGACAAGAUUGUAUAA